AUGCAUCCCAGCAAACCCCAUUCACCCCCACUUCCGCCACGUAAGCUCGCCAUCCCUUCUCCAGGCCCGCCACAGGUUCGUCCCAGACUUAACCCGCUGCCUGCCAAUGCCGAGCUGCCCACCCCUUCCUGCUGUCGCUUCUGCACCCCGUUAACCGCCUCCUCGACUAAAUACAAAU